AUUUUCUAAAAAGAUUUGUUAAGUUUGACAUGUUAGAAAGCAAUGUUUUACCGAAUUAUAUUUAUAUUGUUGAGUGAAAAAUAAAUCGAUUGCCACCAAAAUAGAUGAAGUUGUCCUGGAACGUUAAAAUUAACAUGUGUAUAUAGCAGACCGCGUCAUAUAAUUUGGUCAUUAUAAAUUCAUCUAAUAUGACAAGGUCUAUUACAAAACAUUCGUAAUUGAAUUUUAUGUGAUCUGUCUAGUUUUGUUUGUGUAGGACUGCGAGUUCCCAUUCGAUGGUGUUCUUCGUUCUUAUAACAGUGAUUAUCAAGUUCAAGAAGAAAUGGUUCGAGUCAAUUCGGUUACAUCAACUCAAGAGGGUAUAAAAACACCACACCGCAUUGAGUUGUGUGAAGAAAAACAAGUUAAGCCAACGAGAAAUUAUAGAAAACGCAGAAUCAUUUCAUCAGCUUCUAUAAAGACUGAAAAUGAGUUGGACGAACCUCCGCUGAAGAAAACUGAAGUGAAUUCAAAACCACUGAAAGCUUCUAACGGCUGCAUCAUGACGAAUGAUACGACAUCCAGAUCCAGGGCGUCUCGAGCAGCCGCCCGCUCUACUGACAGCCACAAACUGACAGAAUACUUUAAGGAGGAACUGAAGAACACUAAAGUUGAACCUCAACCAUCACCUGUAGAGAAAAUAACCAAGGAUGAGGUCAAAGUCAAAGGGAAUACGAAUCACAAGCUGACAGAAUACUUCCCAGUUAGAAGGAGCGUAAGGAAGACCUCGAAAUGUGUGAUGGCGGAAAAAAUGAGAGACUUCGAGCGAGCUGUAAGAGAACAAAGAGAGGAUGGUUUACAGGUGGCGUACUUCAAGGACAAGGGUCGUGGCGUGGUGGCAACUAAGGCGUUCCAGAGGGGUGAGUUCGUGGUAGAAUACGCGGGAGAGCUCGUGGGGGUCGCGGAAGCCAGGGAGAGGGAAAGACUGUACGCACAGGACCCCACCAAGGGAUGCUAUAUGUACUACUUCAGAUUACAAGACCAACAGUACUGUAUCGACGCUACAUCCGAGUCAGGUCGCCUGGGUCGUUUGGUAAACCACUCUAGAACUGGUAAUCUGGUGACCAAAGCCUUGUGGGUGGACGGUCCACGUCUCGUACUGGUAGCAGGUACUGACGUUCAGCCCGGGGACGAACUGACGUAUGACUACGGAGACCGCUCCAGGGAAUCUCUGAGACAUCACCCUUGGCUGGCGCUAUGAACUGGCACUGUCACCAGAAAUCUCCGUUGGACUUACUAACAAUUAUUUAUUAAUUUUAGCAUAGUCUUUUUUUUUUAAAUAGUAUUAUUUAAAAUUUAAUGCUGCUGUGCUAGGUAUUGAGACAAGUGGCCUAACUCUUGUUACGAUAGUAUGAAAGUUUCAUAUAGAUAUUAUUGCCUUGUAUCACUUGCUGUAUUGACAAAGCGUCACUGCUGAUACUUCAAUGUUAAACUUAAAAUUGCUGUUGUUAUAUUGUAUACAGCAAUUUAUCUACAACUAGUAGGCCCCCAUUUUAAACUUAUUAUGUAACAUUUUGUGUUGUGUAAUCUCGUGUUAGACUGGAUAUAUUUUAAGUAUCACAUUUUUUUUGUAAUUUAAUUUUUAUUCUUAUAUAAAACUAAAUUGUUCAUGCUUGGUUAAAUGAGAUACUGAUUGGUGAGGUACAAAUGUAAUAUCAUUCAACAAACAUAAUUAAAUUAUCCUUAAUAAAACAAAUAUGUAGUUGAAUUAAAAUUACAAAAUGAAUUAUGUGAAUCUAUUUAUCCAUAAUUUACUUAAUUUUACUUACAUUUUAUGUUAUUUCUAAUAACUUGAUUUGUGGUAUUAUAAUAUAUCUUUUUGUAUGUUUUAGAAUUGUGACUUAAAUGUGGUCUAGACACAAACUAGUAUAGUUUAUGUAUUUUUUGCUUAGAAUUAUGUAAUGUGAGAGAUGUGGUUAUAAGCUUGCUCUGAAACAUUAUACAUGAAAUGUCACACAUGUGUCAUAAAAUAAAACAUCCCCUUAGACAAGAAGACAUCAGUUUUUAUAACAAAUUUUACCAACUAUUGCCAAAGUAGGAUCACAGAGCUGGUUUGUAUACUUAAAGUACCAAAUAUAAAGGAUUGUUCUUUUAUUUUUUGUUCAUAUUUAUCUAAACAAAACAGUUGUGGGGUUCUAAAGUUAAUGUGUACCAUUAUGUUUCCAUUAACGCACAGUUACUUAAUAUUUCGCAGCACAUUCAACUUACAACAGUAACACUUACACUGGCUUUUCUUAACAUAGUAUAAAACAAUAACGUCCAUAGUAAUAUAAUAUAUUGUUGGAAGUGCUAUUAAAUUUCCUAGAAUUUUGACAUAAAUCUCAAUGGAUAAAAUCUGUUGAUGACAUUGCGUUUUAUUAUAAGCAUAUGUGUGAUAGAGACAUGUGGAAACACGAGGCUUUCCCAGGCUAUGAAUAUGUUAGAAUAUCAAUAUGAUAAUGUUUUUAUUGAAAAUACUAAAAAAUGUGUGUUCUCAUCAUACCAGGCAAUCAUACUUUAUAGACUGGGAAAGUUUUCAACUAGGACAAUUCUUACAAAAAUUUGUUUAUGUAUUGAGAUAUGUAGGAGAUGCUGUUGCUGCCUAAUAAGCACUAAAUGUAUGUAUUCUAAGUGUUGUUAUUAUAUUAAUAUGUUUGAAGUUGAUUAUAAAACUGAUGUUACAACACAGGACAAGUAAGUGAUUUUAAAAAAACUGAUUGGGUUCAUUUAAUAUAAUGUUCCGUAUAUUUAAAGACCUUAAUGACUGAUAGAAUGUAUAGUUAGACAUCAUGUACCAAAUAUGUACUUGACUUAACAAUGUAUUCUAAAUUAAUAUAAAUGCUGCUGGAUUAUAAUAAUGUUUGUAAAUUGAUGCAUGCACAAAGAAUAUAAAAAAAAAAUACAUUAAAUUAUAUUCAUAAUCAAAAUCCAGUUUGGCUGUAGCUGUUGAAUAUUGCUUUUUGUAGUUCCUAUUCCAAAUUUAAAAAUUUAAACGCUAUUUUUCCUCAUCUUGAAAUUGUUGUGUGACAUGAUGAUUUUUUUUGUGUGUUAGUUCUAGGGUAUGAACUAUGAAAUUGUUAAAUUCAUAAAUAAUGUAUCACAUUAAAUUUUUAAGAUAAUAUAAAUAAAUAGGAUAAUAUAUUUUGGAAAUCAUUGUUUUGCAUUUUUUUUUUUAUCAUCACUUUUGUAGUUUACGAGUGUUGUUUUCAUUGUAGCUUCCAGACCGGAUAAUAUAUAGGAAUUAGGGACUUAUAAUAUUGUAUACCUUAAUAAUCUUAGUAUCUUAAUUUUUAAUAUUUAAAAUUUUUAUGAAUUAAAAUGAUUUUCAAAAAUCUUGCUGCUUUGUCGCUGUUAUAAUUUCAGUUCAAUUUCUGUUUAAAGAUCUUUUCUACUCUGUCGAUAUUUUCAACUGUCUACUUGGUAAUUUAUUAUCUGCUAAAUAAUAAUUAUAAUAUAACUUUUUUUCUUAACCAAGAUAUAAUAUUUUUAUAGUAAAACAAAUAAGUAGUUGCCACCUAAAUCAAUGUCAAUGAGAAUAGUGUUAUGUUAAAAGUUUUUGAUAUUUUCAUAAGGGACAGUUUUAUAGUGUUAUUUUCUGAAGGGCUGUUUUUAAAGCACUGCCCCUUGAAUAUAAUAUACAGUAGUGUAUUGAAUAAAUAAAACAUUACAUACUAAC